GGCAACACCCUCCCACACCCAACACCGCCUUCUACUACCACUGUCUUUUCUCUUCUCUUCUUCUCAUCUCGCAAGCUUCGUUUCUUUCGCCGCCUUUUCUUUUCUCUGUCCCACCCCCCCGUCCCCCCUAUCACUACCACAGUACACAAUGUGGUCUCUCGUCGCCCCCGCUACCGCGGCCCUCCUCGCCGCCUCGGCCGCCAACGCCCAGGCCGGCGUCGUCGCCCACAACCCCAACGGCCCCACCAACCCCGACAAGCCAGAGUUCUACCCCGUCGGCGCCCAGGUCAACCAGACGUCGCUCUCGCGUCUCCUGUCGCUCAACGGUGUUGACGACUUCUGUCUCUUUGGCCCUAUGGAGCCCGGACCCGACUCGCUCAUCGGCAACACUGAGCCCACCGUCGUCUCGUGGUGCACCAAGCCCCGUAACAACGCUCGCCGGCCAGUCGGCAUUGGUUCAAUCGGACGCAGCCCCUUGUGCCGUGUCACGCUCGACGGGUUCUCGUUCGUUUUCACCGUUCUUAUCCCUGACGGCGCUAUCCACGCUGCUCACGUGAUCAAGACCCCUGCCUACGUCCAGAUCUACGGCUUCUGGGACGGCACCAAGGUCAACAUCCCCGCUGGUGACUCUGGUGGUGAGCUCGACCCCCACGGUGCCGAGAACCUCGGCAACCCCAUCGGCGGCAACGUCACCUCGAACAUUGUCGACGGCAAGACCGACGUCUUCUACGAGGAGUGGAUGUCGUUCAUUGGCUUUGACCAGUUCUGUCUCCGUAUCUGCACGGCCGAGACUGCCGGUGUCCCCGCCUCGCUCAUGUGCGAGCACCAGCUCGACAUUAUGGGCUGCCGCUUCGUCAUGGCCAUUGAGGACUUCUACUCCUCCAACAACACUUUCACCUUCUGCGAGGGUGAGAACGCCGCUCCCCCCGGCCUUUACCCCCAGCCUGACGGCUCGACCUCGACCUUCCGUCAGCGCUACACCGACUCGCUUUCGCGUUUCACCGUCGGCAACACCGUCACCCCCACCGGCCCUGCUUUCUGGCCCAAGACCUCGAACUGCAUCACCUACUCGACCAUCUCGAACGGUGUUGACUUCAAGAACCUCAUGGUCACUGCUGCCCCCACUCUCCUCGUCGGCCAGAGCUCGUCGGUCGCUGCCGUCGGCACCACCUCGCAGGCUGUUGUCACCACCCCCACUGCCGUCCCCACCUUCCCUCCCUCGGGCGCCGCUGCCUCGAGCGGUGUCUCGGCCUCGGGUGACAAGGCUGCUUCCGGUGCUGGUGCCUCUGCCUCUGCCGGUGCUUCUGCUGGCGCCUCGAGCAAGCCCUCGGGUGCCAAGCCCCUCGUCGGCUCGGCCGGCCUCAUUGCCUCGACCGUCGCCGUCAUUGGUGUCGUUGUUGGUGCCGUCGCCGUCUUCUAAGCGCUUGAUUAAGAUCGCGCUUCUUCAAGACCUCAAUUGCAUUCGCCCCCUGCAUUAGGCAUUGAACGCAUUAUCGGCAUUGCUUUGCCAUAGUCUAUACCAUCCCCCUUAAACCGUUGUGGACAAUCUACCCAUUUGGCAUGACCCCUGCCGCCCUCGCUCGUUUAAUGCAUCCUUUACGAUGACA